GCGCUCGGGUGACGUCAGCAUGACGUAUUUAUGAAAAAUGGCGGCUACCCGCAGCAGCGAGUUCGGCGACUUGGUUCAAAUAAAAAAACAACUUAUUUCUAUUAUAGCGCAGUGUAAGGAAAGAGGACUCGUCCACAGUGUGAAAUGGGCAUCAGAACUGGCUUUUUCUUUGGAUCCACUCCCUCUGAAUGAGAUCCCUCCAGCGCUGGAGCUCACCGAGGAGGACGCCCGGGAUUUGGAUGCCCUGUGUCUGGCCAAAUCAUACUUUGAGCUGAAGGAAUAUGAUCGAGCUGCUUAUUUUCUCCGCGGCUGCCGGAGUCAGAAAGCAUAUUUUCUCUAUAUGUAUUCGCGCUACCUAUCAGGCGAAAAGAAGAAAGACGACGAGACCGUCGACAGCCUGGGUCCUCUGGAGAAGGGUCAGGUCCGAAACGAAGCCCUGCGAGAGCUCAGGGUGGAGCUGAGCAAGAAACACAGCGCCGGAGAGCUGGACGGAUUUGCGCUCUAUCUUUAUGGGGUGGUUCUGCGGAAGCUGGAUUUGCUGAAGGAGGCGGUGGAGAUCUUUGUGGCGGCGACACAUGCUCUGCCUCAGCACUGGGGAUCCUGGCUGGAGCUCUGCAAUCUCAUCACCAACAUCGAAAUGCUGAAGUCCCUGUCUCUGCCGGAGUGCUGGGUGAGGGAUUUCUUCAUGGCACACAUGUUCACCGAGCUGCAGAUGAUCAAAGAGGCGCUGCAGAAAUACCAGAGUCUCAUGGAAGCAGGGUUUGCUAAAAGCACAUACAUCAUCUCCCAGAUCGCCGUGGCUUACCAUAACAUACGAGAUAUUGAUCAAGCCUUAUAUCUGUUUAAUGAGCUCCGGGAACAGGAUCCUUUCCGCAUCGAAAACAUGGACACCUUCUCCAACCUGCUUUAUGUGCGGAGCAUGAAGCCAGAGCUCAGUUACCUGGCACACAAUCUGGUGGAGAUCGAUAAGUACCGCGUGGAGACGUGCUGCGUCAUCGGUAACUACUACAGUCUGCGGUCUCAGCACGAGAAGGCCGCUCUGUAUUUCCAGCGGGCUCUGAAGCUGAAUCCACGCUGUCUGGGGGCCUGGACCCUCAUGGGUCACGAGUACAUGGAGAUGAAGAACACCUCCGCCGCCAUCCAGGCCUACAGGCAUGCAAUUGAAGUGAACAAAAGGGACUACCGGGCCUGGUACGGACUCGGACAGACCUACGAGAUCCUCAAGAUGCCCUUCUACUCGCUCUACUACUACAGGAAAGCUCAUCAGCUGAGGCCGAACGACUCGCGCAUGCUUGUAGCUCUCGGGGAAUGUUACGAGAAACUGUCUCAGCAAGUGGAGGCCAAAAAGUGUUACUGGAGGGCGUAUUCGGUCGGCGAUGUGGAGAGAAUGGCUCUUCUGAAGCUGGCUAAGCUUCACGAGCAGCUGAAUGAAUCUGACGACGCUGCACAGUGCUACAUCAUCUACAUCCAGGAUAUUUUCUCGUGUGGGUGCCAGACAACUAGCACCGUUUGACUUCCUUACCUGGACGUUUAAUAGUGAAUGUUCUGUAGCAAGUAAUGUGGACUGGGCUUAUUACUUUCCCUAUCCACAUUUUGUGGAAUAAUGUUGAUGUAAUUCUGCACAUCAUGCCGAGUAAGAUGAAGAUGUGACUGAUGGCAGAGCUCUGUGUGUGUGUGUGUGUCGGUGUGUCUCUCUG